UAUUUACAGUCUUUUUACAACUGACCUAUAGAAUAGUUUAUUUUCUGUGAGAGUGGAGUUUAAAAAACAUGAAUGAACUUUGCGUAUAAUUACACGGGUACAACUGUUAUAAUAGUUUCAAUUUUGUACUUAAUACAUCAACUAACUACAUGAAAUAAUUAUUUAUAGUGAAAAUCAUGUUUUAGUGCUACAAAUAUCUUUUCAGCUUCGCGUCGAAAUUAAAAAAUAAAAGUUGGAGAGUAAUAAAACAAUUUUUGUAAUUGCAAAUUGUUGAAUAUCUCAUAAAUAAUUUUUUUUUGCAAAAAACACAUUAACAAUUAUUUGAAAUUUAAGAUGGGUCGGGCUGUAAUGAAUGAUAAAAAAAGGUAACAUUUAUUUCUAAACGUUAGAAUAAUUGUGAAUAAUACAUGGAGAAGAGAACUGUUUUAUGGUACAUGACUUUUUGGGGCUUUGCUCUAAAUUCCGUUUAUCGAAUGAAUAUAAAUAUAGCCAUCGUUUCAAUGAUUAAGCACCCAGUCAAAGCUUCCAAUGUUACUCUUAUAAGUGAAUGUUUUCAACAUAAUACAAUCAUCGAAUCAAACAACAAUAAUUCUCAAGUAAUUCUACCAACGAAAAGUAAUGAUGAUGACAAGUUCGAAUGGGACGAACAUCAACAAAGUAUCGUUCUCGGUGCUUUUUUUAUGUUGCACAUGAUAAUGCCAAUACCCGGAGGAAUCUUAGCACAGCACUAUGGAGGAAAAUACGUUUUUGGAUUAUGUAACGGCCUCGCAGCAAUAUUGUCUUUUGCAAUACCAGCUUCCGCAAAAAUUAGUUACAAAGCAUUAACUGGCAUAAGAUUGAUUCAAGGGUUUAUAGCGGGAAGUACAUGGCCUGCGAUGCAUACGAUGACAGCUAAAUGGAUACCAAAACAUGAACGAAGUUGGUUUGUUUCAGCUUAUAUAGGAAAUUCGGUUGGUACAGCCGUAAUUUACAUGACGUGCGGAUAUCUCAUUGAUUUAUAUAAUUGGGAAAUUGUAUUUUAUUUAACUGGAGCUAUUGGCUUACUUUGGUACAUUUGUUGGACAUAUUUUGUAUAUGAAUCUCCUGCUGUACAUCCAACAAUUACCGAAGAAGAAAAAUCUUACAUAGAAAGCAGUAUUGGAAAACAAAUUAAAUCUUCAAAACCACUACCAAUACCUUGGAAAUCAUUACUUUCAUCAAAACCUCUUAUAUUGAACGUACUAACAAGUAAUGGAGGAAUGUGGGGACUUUUUACAAUAUCAACACAAGCUCCAACGUAUUUCAAUUUUGUUUUAGGUUUAAGUGUAAAACAGACUGGAUUUUGGGCAGGUUUACCUUACAUAAAUCGAUGGAUAUUUGCAUUUGGUUUUAGUACUUUUUGUGAUCAUUUAAUAAAAUCCAAAACUAUGUCUGUGACAAAUGUACGCAAAUUAUCUACAUUCUUUUGUAAUAUUCUUCAAGGAUUGCUUAUUUUAGGAAUUAGUUUUUGUGGAUGUAAUGCAAUAGCUUCUAUCACAAUGGUAACCUUAACAGCAAUUGUAAAUGGCUGUUCAGCUUCUGGUGUGCUAGCAGGCAGUGUAGAUCUAGCCCCGAAUUAUGCUGGUAUAAUCUUAGGUUUGACCAGUACCUUUGGUGUAUUCGCCGGCUUUGUAUCGCCCAUAAUAAUUGGAUUAUUCACUUAUCAUCAGCAAACUUUAGGCCAGUGGAGUAAAGUUUUUUAUAUAUCAUCAGCAAUUUGUUGUUCAACUGGAUUAUUAUACAUUCUUUUUGCAAAUUCAGAAGUUCAAAAAUGGAAUAACAAGUAUGAUUCAGAUGACAUUGAAAAAGAAAUGAACGAUAUUAAGAAAAAAACGAAUAGCAAUGAUCAAAAUAGUACAAAUAAUUGAUCUUUAUUGGUUCUUAAACGUCGAAUUAUUAUUGUUACUCUUUGUAACUUAUUUAUAUAAUUCAAAUGAGUGAUGCUUAUUUGAUUGGAUUUUGUUUUUGACCUAGUUUGUUACAUCUUAUACUCAUAAAUAAAUGGUAUACAUAUA